AUGGCGACCGUUGUCAUUAUCCCUGGCUCUUUCGCAUCACCAUCUCUUUACGAACCUCUUGCUAAUAGUUUUGCUCGAGAUGGCAUACAAUCCGAGAUUGUUGAAUUGCCCUCUGUCGGUCGAAAGGAGGGUAGAAACCCUGCUACAAUGAGUGACGACGUCGAUGAGAUUGUUUCUGUCGUGGAGAAACUACUCGAUGAGGACAAAGAAGUGAUCCUGCUGGCUCAUUCAUACGGCGGUGUACCCGCUACUCAGUGCCUGGAAACACUCUCACAAAAAGCCCGACAAUCCCAGGGAAAGGGGGGCGGCGUCAGCAAGAUUAUUUAUCUUGCCGGAGUUGCACUGCCGGUUGGCGGAUCUGUCAUAUCGUUACUGACAGUCCCAGACUAUCUCGAUGAUUACAUGACCCUCACACCUGAAUCUGCGCCAUUCAUCUACUCGGAUUCACCACCCGAAGAAGCUCUCAAGCUGGCAAAGGAACUGCCCCAGCAUUCGACAACCUCAUACAAAGAUCAGCUUACAUACGCCGGGUACAAAGAUGCCGAGGUCCACUACAUCAUCUGUGAACAAGACAAACUCGUUGUCCCAGAGUAUCAGUUUGGUAUGGUCGAGUUACUCAAAGCCUGA